AUGGAGGAAGGCUACCAAAACCGGACUGCUUUUAUAAAAGGUGCCAAAGACAUUGCGAAAGAAGUCAAGCGGCAAGCUAGUAAGAAGGUUGGCCGGUCAGUGGAUCGGGUGAGCGAUGAGUACAGCAAGCGCUCCUACAGUCGCUUCGAAGAAGACGAUGAUGAUGACUACCCAAUGCAGGGGAGCCAGGAUGGAGGCUACUACCGCGGCGAUAGCCAGGCGGCCAACGAUGAUGAGGGUGGCCACAGUGACUCCACAGAGGGCCAUGACGAGGAUGACGAGAUCUAUGAGGGUGAAUACCAAGGAAUCCCCAGGGCUGAUUCUGGGAAAGGAGACUUGGCUGGAGGUCCUGGAUCAAUAACAGCCGGAGCUCAACAGUUUAGAGAUAUUGGGGCAUCUGAGGCUGAGAGGCGGAAGGACCAGGAGGAGCUGGCUCAGCAGUAUGAGACCAUUUUGCAGGAAUGUGGGCACGGAAAGUUCCAGUGGAGUCUGUACUUCGUCUUAGGGCUGGCACUUAUGGCUGAUGGUGUGGAAAUCUUCGUGGUGGGGUUUGUCCUCCCCAGUGCAGAGAAGGAUAUGUGUCUCUCUGAACCCAGCAAAAGCAUGCUUGGUCUGAUUGUAUACUUCGGUAUGAUGGUUGGGGCUUUCCUCUGGGGGGCCAUGGCAGACCGGAUUGGCCGUCGGCAGUCUCUUAUCAUCUCUCUGUCCAUCAACAGUAUCUUCUCCUUUUUCUCAUCCUUCGUUCAGGGUUACAGCACUUUUCUGUUUUGCCGCCUUCUCUCAGGUGUCGGAAUCGGUGGCUCAAUUCCCAUCGUCUUCUCGUACUAUUCUGAAUUUCUGUCUCAAGAGAAGCGUGGCGAGCACCUCAGCUGGCUCUGCAUGUUCUGGAUGAUUGGAGGAAUUUAUGCAUCUGCCAUGGCCUGGGCUAUCAUUCCACACUACGGGUGGAGUUUCCAGAUGGGCUCAGCCUAUCAGUUUCACAGCUGGCGGGUGUUUGUGUUGGUGUGUGCAUUUCCUUCAGUUGCAGCCAUCGCUGCCCUCAACGCCAUGCCUGAGAGCCCACGCUUCUACCUAGAGAAUGGCAAGCAUGAUGAAGGCUGGAUGAUUCUGAAGCAAGUCCACGAUACAAACAUGAGAGCUAAAGGUUACCCAGAGAGGGUGUUCACCGUCACCACAAUAAAGACUGUAAAGCAGAUUGAGGAGUUGGUGGAAAUUGGCACCGACACUCCCAUCUGGCAGCGCUACAGAAUGAAAAUUAUGGGUCUUUCACAACAGAUACGAAAAAACAUUCUCGCCUGCUUCAACCAAGAGUACAGAAGGACCACCUUUAUGCUAAUGGCUGUUUGGUUCAGCAUGUCGUUCAGCUACUACGGGCUAACGGUGUGGUUCCCUGACAUGAUCAAGUACAUCCAGAAGCAGGAAUAUGACUCACGGACAAAGACCUUCACUAAUGAGCGAGUAGAACAUGUAACCUUUAACUUCACCUUAGAAAACCAAGUCCAUCGCGAAGGACACUAUUUCAAUGACAAGUUCCUCAACCUGAAGAUGAAGUCCAUGGUGUUUGAAAACUCAGUGUUUGAGGAGUGCUUCUUUGAGGACAUCACCUCCACACACACAUUCUUCAGGAACUGCACCUUCAUUGCCAGUUUGUUUUACAACACAGAUUUGUUCAAGUACAGGUUUGUCAACUGUAAGCUGAUUAACAGCACCUUCCUUCACAACAAGGAGGGCUGCAUUCUGGACUUCAGUGAUGACUUCAACAACGCCUACAUGAUUUAUUUUGUCAACUUCCUCGGCACAUUAGCUGUGCUCCCCGGGAACAUCGUCUCUGCUCUUUUGAUGGACAAAAUUGGCCGUUUGAGAAUGCUGGCGGGAUCUAGCAUCAUAUCCUGUGUCAGCUGCUUCUUCCUGAUGUUUGGCAACAGUGAAUCGGGAAUGAUCGCCCUCUUGUGUCUGUUUGGUGGUAUCAGCAUUGCUUCGUGGAAUGCUCUGGAUGUGAUAACAGUGGAGCUGUAUCCCUCUGAUAAAAGGACCACAGCGUUUGGCUUCUUGAACGCCCUCUGCAAACUGGCAGCUGUUCUGGGAAUUAGCAUCUUCCAGUCGUUUGUGGGCAUCACCAAAGCGGUCCCCAUCAUAUUCGCUGCCGGCGCACUCGCUGCCGGUAGUUUCCUCGCCACAAAGCUGCCUGAGACCAGAGGCCAAGUAUUGCAGUAAGACAGACGACCAGCACUGGGCAGCAGAGUUCAGUUGGAGUGAGUGAGGGAGUGACAGGCCUGAACAUCUCUGAGAGCUUCAGCGCUGCCCGUCCUUUUCACAGCAACAGUAGAGACUGCCUUUCCCCCUAUAGUAAGCCCCGAAUCCUUUGAAAUGUGGAUUGCAUCACUCAGUGUCAGAUAUUGCAGAAAAGCUAAUAAUUUUUGAAAAUCUGUACCAUUGCAGCAUAGUUACAGCUGCUCUGUCAGGUAUGAUACAAUUGUAGUCCUACAGUAGUGGUUAUGUGGUCCAAAUGGAAACAUUCAAUUUAUAUCAAAAUGUAUUAAUGGUGGAAUAGUAGAAGAAAUUGAUUUCAUUUCUGGGGGAAAGAUUGUAAAAAGGUAAGAUUGCAGUCUUCUUCUUUACUCAUGUGUCUUAAUCUCCGUAGGCUAACAGAGCUGUUAAUUAUUUUAUUGACUUGUUCAGUUCAUCACUGCCAGACCACCUUACCAGAGAGCUGAUGUUACCAACCAAAACUUACAAAACAAUCCCUGUAAAGCUGAUUUACUCAGACAGGUGAAGAUGCAUUUCACAGGAUUCUUUGUUGCACAUGGGAGUAGUUGGAUCCAGUUCUUCAGUGUUAAACCAAUGUUUACCCUCUCUGUUGUGUGACAGUUUGUGGAUGUUUAAUGGGUGAGACAGGGGAACGUCUUUGGGAUGAAUUUGGGUCAAAUAUCAGCGUGUGAGAGGAAACCAUAUUGUGCUUUUUUGUCUCUAUUAGUUAUUUGCUUGCAUAAUAGGGGGUGAAUUGGAAACCCAUGAAGUGAAAUCUUUUUUUUCAGAUGAAAAUGUUUUGGGGUUACCUUCACAAAAGUAUAUCUAAGAAAACAAUCGUAUUGAUUUUCUUAUUUUUAUGUCAGUUUUUGUAUUUGGAUCCUUUUUUUAUAUUUAGCAACAGAAUGUUUACAUAUUUCAAAACAUUUUUUCUUUAUGUCGAAAAAUAAACACAAGUCAUGCAGUUGGUCAGGUUUUUCUGCCCUCUAGUGUCCAGAUAGAAGACUACAUAGAUUGUAAACAGACAUAGAUGUUACCUUAAAGUUGUACUGUUUUGAUACUAUUCAAUCCCUUGAACUAUCAUGAUUGGGAACAUCCCAAUCAUGAUAGGGAAUGGGAUGUUCCAGUUCAGAAUGAAAAGUUUUCACUACCACCGCUAUAUAUGUUUGUUCUGCUGCACAGCCUAAAGGAUAUUGCAAAUGUGUUUGAUCUGGUUAGGUUAAAUAAAAUUAAUUAGUUUUUUGUUAAGACAACAAGUGGUUAGGGAGAUUGCUAUAUUGUGCUGAAAUGUCAUUUGAAACAACCAUAGCUUUACUACAUUCUUAAAUAUAUAUGAUAAUUAUGAUUUCUGUAGCUAUGAGUGUGGAAUCAGACCUGUAACAUAUGACUCCACGCAUACAGCUACAGUCUUUAAAACAUACUUUUUGACCCUACUUCUGACAAAUAUGCAAAGAAGUUUGCUGAAGUGCUAGGCUAAUGUGCUGUGCCUAGUGCUGUAACUCAUGGACAAUUUGGUUCAUAAUAACGUCAUGGGUGCACGCUUGACUGGAAUCACAUUUAAUUGUUGUUUUUAGUGGAGUGUGUGCAUUAGAAAAAUGUAGAAAAGUCUAAUUGCUGCUUCAUAAACGUAUCACUUUGCUUUGAACUUAGUAAGUAGUGUUUCCUCUGCUUUAUUUGCAUCCCUCUACUUCAU